AUGGAGAUAGACUCUUACAACGAGCGCAAAGCUUUCGACGAGACCAAGGCAGGCGUCAAAGGUCUCGUCGAUGCUCACAUCACUGAGGUUCCUCCUAUCUUCCGUCUCCCUCAAGGUACCUUAUCUAACAAGAAACCCUCUGUGUCUACCUCCGCAAUCCCUAUCAUCGACUUUGCAGACGUAGACGUGUCACGUGAAGGCAUCGUUGAGAAGGUGAAAGACGCAGCUGAGAAGUGGGGAUUUUUCCAGGUGAUCAAUCAUGGUAUUCCUUUAAGCGUUCUUGAAGAGAUCCAAGGUGGAGUUCGUAGGUUUCAUGAGCAAGAUCUCCAAGUUAAGAAAUCUUACUUCACGCGUGACCUCUCCAAGACGUUUCUCUACAAUAGUAACUUUGAUCUGUUCAAUUCUUCUUCUCUGUGUGUUAACUGGAGAGACACUUUCGUUUGUUGCAUGGCUCCUGAUCCUCCAAACCCUGAAGUGAUACCAUUGGCUUGCAGGGAUGCUAUGAUCGAGUACUCGAAGCAUGUGAUGAGCUUAGGUGGUUUGCUUUUCGAACUUCUCUCAGAAGCUCUUGGUUUACACUCGGAGAUGCUAAAGAGCAUGGAUUGCAUGAAGGGUUUGAAUAUGGUCGGGCAUUAUUACCCUCCUUGUCCACAACCCGACCUAACUUUUGGCACAAGUAAGCAUUCCGACAGCUCGUUCAUCACUAUUCUUCUUCAGGACCAAAUCGGUGGUCUUCAAGUCCUUCAUCAAGACAGUUGGGUCGAUGUCUCACCUAUCCCUGGAGCGCUCGUCAUCAACAUAGGGGAUUUCCUACAGCUUGUAACGAAUGAUAAGUUCAUAAGCGUGGAGCAUAGAGUGCUUGCAAACAUAGCUGGGCCGAGGAUUUCUGUCGCGGGCUUUUUCAGCACAAAUAUGCUUCCGAAUUCAACGGUGUAUGGACCAAUCAAAGAGCUUCUAUCUGAAGAAAACCCUCCAAAAUACAAAGACUUCACUUUAGAAGAAUACACAAAGGGAUAUUUUGAUAAAGGCCUGGAUGGAACAUCGCAUCUGUCCAAGUUCAAGAUGUGAGGAACACUUAAAAGAGUAAAGUCUUUUGUUUGAGUUAAUAUUUGUGCAUUUGUUGAGUCAGUCCUUGUCUUAUUUUCCAUUCCCGUCUCUUCUUAGCUACUCUAUAACUAAACUACUACCAAAAAUAAGUAGAUAAUUUUGUGUGUCAGCAUUUAUGAAUUCCCACCCUUAAGUAUAUGGUGACAGCUUUGUGUUGGAUCUACAGAAAUAAAAUCAUUGCGUGUGUAUCAGAAUAAAAGUUGUUAUUUCGAUGUUAGGGCUUCAUAAAU